AUGUACGGUCUGAAACCCCCACCUGGCUAUAGCACUUAUCCUGAAUAUGUCAAGAAAUGGCGAGAAUCGAUCUCCGAAGCAUACCAACUUGCAUCGGAAAAGGCAGAAAAGAACGCUACGAGUGGGAAAGUGCAAUAUGACAAGAAAGCUAAGAGUACGAGUUUACAACCCGGUGAUCGUGUGUUAAUACGGAAUGUGAAAGAAAGGGGUGGUCCCGGCAAGUUACGGUCGUAUUGGGAAGACAAAGUUUACAAAAUCGUGCGUCAGAAAUUAAAUGAAAUUCCCGUGUAUGAAGUCAUUCCUGAGAGUGGCGGGGAGAAGACAACAGUACUGCACAGGAACAUGUUAUUUCCAUGUACGUAUCUUCCUGUGGAGAAUCCUAUUGUGAAAACAGCUCAGUUAAAGAAGAAAAAGAAGAGUGAGAAGGAGAAACAGGUCACACAAGAUUAUCAGACAGAUAGUGAAGACGAGUUCGGGAUUGCUACGUUUGCACCUGAAUUAACGCGGACAGACCCAGAAGAUGAAUUCGUGCCAUUGUCGGUUGAAAAUGAAGCCCAGCAGAGUGUUGAGGAAGCUGUACAAGAAGGUGCCACACCAGAAGAACUAGCUCAAGAGAGUCAAGCUUCGACUGGUACCACGGUAGCAGCGGAGGCUGAGGCACAAGUUGAUUCACACCCAGUUAGUUCACAACGA